AUGACAAUAUCCGCCACAUCUGCCCCCAGCUCUGCGCAGGCGCAUCUGGGGAACGGAAAGGGAGCAGCAAGCCUUGGGAACGAGUUUUUGAUCCAAUCAAGAGAAACAGGGGAUGUUUUACCGGAGCCGUCAACGUCUGAAGGUCGACCGGCCGAUAAGGCGCAGGCGAAGCCGUUUGCUCAUUUUGUUGCUGGGGCAAUUGGCGGUAUGACUGCUGCGACCCUGACGUCCCCCCUUGACGUCCUCAAAACUCGACUCCAAUCCGACUUCUACCAGGCCCAACUCCGCACGCUCCGUGCCUCACAUCCGCUACCUGCAUCAUCAUCACCGCUUCUAUCUCUCCCGCGCAGUGCGCUCAUGCACUUCCAAGAGACGAUUCAGAUUCUGCGUUCGAUACACGUGCAUGAAGGGUGGCGCGCGCUGUUCAAAGGCUUGGGCCCGAACCUAGUCGGCGUGGUGCCCGCCCGUGCGAUCAACUUCUACGUCUACGGGAAUGGGAAACGUAUUCUGGGCGAGCAUUUCAAUUAUUAUGAUACCAAGGAGACACCCGUGGGGGUCCAUCUGACGGCCGCGGCGGUGGCGGGGAUCGCAACGGGGACGGCGACGAACCCGAUCUGGCUGGUGAAGACGCGGCUACAGCUGGACAAGUCGAAUGCGGCCCACGGCCAGGGCCGCCAGUAUCGGAACAGCUGGGAUUGUGUCAAGCAGACAGUCCGCCAUGAAGGGAUCCGCGGCCUGUACAAGGGUCUAUCGGCGUCGUAUCUGGGCGUGACCGAGUCGACGCUGCAGUGGGUGAUGUACGAGCAGAUGAAGAUGGCUCUUGCCCGCCGCGAAGCCGCCCGCCUGGCUGACCGCACGCAUGUGGCCAGCGUCUGGGACGAUAUCGAGCUGUGGGGUGGACGUGUCUGCUCUGCGGGUCUGGCCAAGCUGGUUGCGGCCUCGAUCACGUACCCCCACGAGGUUGUCCGGACGCGACUGCGACAGGCACCCACGGUCUCUAUCGGGGAUGGUAUGGUUCAGAUGAAGUACACGGGGCUUGUUCAAUGCUUCCGGACCGUCUGGAAGGAGGAAGGCAUGGUCGGCCUGUAUGGCGGCCUGACACCACACUUGUUGCGUGUAGUCCCCUCGGCCGCCAUCAUGUUUGGAAUGUAA